GUUGAACGGCCAUACGAUGCAACAGCCACGCUGCCAGCCUCAUUAACUCCAUGGUCGACUGGUAUCAGAAACCGGGUUGCUCAAUGGCUCCCCAGUAAACACGAGCUGUGCGAAACGAUCAGGAUGGCUGUAUGAUGCGCAGCGUGUCCGGCAUUCUGAUUAAAGCCUUGACUCCUCCCUCCAUCAUCCCUAUGCCAUCCUAUGGUCUGACGAAGCGUUAUACACGCUGUUUGCUCCUCGCCGUCGUAUCGUGUUUCGUGUUCCCUGUAUUACUUCACUACCGUGAAGCUGUGAGAAUCUAUUUCACUGAUCAACUACCGCCAUUGUACGAGGACUGUCGAAAGCGGGAGCAAAAUUUGGAGCAUUAUAAGGAGUACGAAAUGAGCAAGGACGUUAAAUAUCUUUGGUCAGCCAAACAUGCAGAUAAAUCAGGAUGGGGAAAUGUGAUGCAAGACUAUGUGAUGAAUGCACUGCUUGCACAUGACACAGGACGCUCUUUUGUCUUUGAUGACUACGUUUGGAAUCCAGAUGGUUCACUCUUUUCGCAUUAUAAUGGACAUUUGAUUCCCUCUCGGAUUCCCCUGACAGCAUUAUUGGGCGGUGUCGUGGUGGGUGGUGAAAUGCCACCUGGCGACACCACUCCUCGUGCGGUGUCUAAGGAUUUCUUCAACAAAGUCUGCCCCCAUCCGACAGUCGUUCAGGUGACGGAGGUGAACGAUGGUGGUAUACCAUUCGAUGAAAGCGUACCAGUUUCGUAUAUAUUCGAAAAGUGGCUCCAAAAAAUCAACUCGAUUGAGGAUCCGUGUGUGGAAAUCGACUCCGACCCGGGCCCGGAGAGUCAUCCAGUUUUUGAGUACUUGAUAUUUGGACAGGAGAGAAUGUUGUCCAUAUGGAAGUACCUCAAGGAUUCCCCGGUAUUGACGCACUGGAGGUGGUCGCCUUUAAUACACGAUGCAUACAGACAAAAUCGCCACAUCUUCGAAGGGCUCUCUGGUUCGGCUGUUACGGAAAAAUACACAGACCCGAUACCUGGCCUCCUAGCACUACACGUGCGAAGGGGUGACUUCCAGGAUCACUGCGUCCACCUGGGCAAAUGGUCAUCAAACUGGAAUGCGUUCAAUAUGUUCCCCGAGUUCUCCGACAGGUUCCAAAGGCCCACUGAUGGCGGAUGGGGCGAGACAUCCGAGAAGAACAUGCAGAUGUAUAUGCAGCGGUGCUUUCCCACAAUCGACCAAAUCGUCGAGAAAGUUGUACAAGUGCGCGUCAAGUCAGAACAGCCGCUGACGCAUAUCUAUAUCAUGACCAAUGGCGCUGUCGCUUGGGUUGAGGAGCUGAAAGAGGCUCUUUGGAACUCUGGGGACUGGGACCAGAUUCAGAGCAGCCGCGAUCUCGACAUCACAUGGGAACAGAAAUUUGUGGUGCAAGCGUUGGAUAUGUUGGUGGCUCAAAGAUCUGAAGUGUUAAUCGGGAAUGGGUGGUCGAGCCUAACCUCAAACGUUGUGAUGCUGCGUAUGGCGCAGGGUUUUACCCCAGACAGUAACAGAUUCUGGUAAU